CUGUCUGCUGUUUUUCACAACUAACUGAUCAGAGAACCUCGUCACCUCUUUUUUCCUUGUACUCCUCUUUUUUCCUUUUACUCCUCAUUGCCUGAACAUGGCCAGUGGCCACUCAAGCCCUAAACCUAGAAAAGCCUAAUUCUUACCCUAACUCCACCAUUGCUGAGGCAACAUCAACGUCAUGACCUCCAUGGCUGCAGCUUCAAGCGGCGGCCAUGGCGGCCAAAGAGACAACAAAUUGGCGGUGAAACGGUUGAGAGAGGCGGAGGAUAGCCUCAGAGAGGCGAUCCAGGAGUUGCAGAGGCAACAGAGGCAGGGAGAGAGUAGUAAUUGUGAUCAUCAUCCUGAUUCAUGUGUAGCCAAUGCCAUUGGUAACCUUUGCCAGACCUUUCUGCUAUCUUAUGGAGUUAGGGUUGGGAUCGGUAUAUUGCUCAGGGCUUUCAAGCUCGCGAAGAGGCAGUCGUAUUCAUCGAUACUUGAUCUUAAGCAACUUGUGUCAGAAAAAGAUUUGAUUGUAAGGGAGGAAGCCUGCCGGAUUGGCUUACUUUUUGGUGGUUUCACUGGUUCGUAUCAUGCCCUUCGGUGUUUGCUGAGGAAGCUGAGAAAGAAAGAGACACCAUUGAAUGCAACUCUAGCAGGCUCUGUGGCAGGCUUAUCUAUUUUAGCAUUAGACGAUUCUAAUCGGAGGCGCACCCUUGCCUUGUAUCUUCUAGCAAGGCUUGCACAGUGUGUUUAUAAUUCUGCUAAGUCGAAGAACAAGUUUCAUCUUUGGGGAAGUCAUUGGAGCCAUGGAGAUUCUUUACUAUUUGCUCUAUCGUGCGGCCAGGUGAUGUAUUCCUUUGUGAUGCGGCCUGAGAGUCUACCUAAGGCAUAUCAAGAUUUUAUCUCAACGACUGGCCCCGUGGCGGAGCCAGUGUAUACAGCUGUUAGGGAAUGCUGUAGAGGUGGUCCUGUUGAUCUUGUUUCUUUGUCAGCAUACUUACAAAACAAAAAGGGAUCCAGCUCUAUCACCUUAAAUGAGUAUCCCUCAAUCCUCCCUUGUUCUGUAAUUCAUCCAGAUACGGCAUCUUGCAUUGCACAUAAUGCAAAUGCAACAUCAGCUACAUUCAGGAAAACCUUCCCGUUAUAUUUCUCAUUAACAUUUGUGCCAUAUGUUGUGCUGCACUUACAAAAGUUUAUGGAAUCGCCUAUUCGUACUUCUUGGAUUGCCAUGAGUGGUGCCAUUCGCUCAACAACAUUCUUAUCAGCAUUUGUAGGAAUUUUUCAGGCUGUCAUAUGUUUGCAUAGAAAGGUAGCAGCAAAAGACCACAAAUUUGUAUACUGGUUUGCUGGAGGAAUGGCAGCAUUGUCGGUGCUUCUGGAGAAAAAAGCAAAACGAGGGGAAUUGGGUCUAUAUGUUCUUCCCAGAGCUUCAGAUUCAUUGUGGUACAUUUUAGUGAAUCGCCAUUUACUUCCUGAUAUCAAGAAUGCUGAGGUGCCACUCUUCUGUCUAUGUAUGGGGGGAAUCAUGUAUUACUUGGAAUAUGAGCCGGAAACCAUGGCCCCAUUUCUCAGGGGUCUCAUUCGUCGCUUCCUUGCAAGUAGAAUAAGCAAUCCUGACCCAUCUCCAAAGCUACCGGCUUCAUAUUCUUAUUCACAUUCUAUUGGUUUCACUGAAACAUCAGGAGAACAAGAGAAGUCCAAGAAAAGCUCACUAGAGACUGGAGAGAAGUAUGAUCUCGAAGCGAUUCCUGGUCUUUAACUUGGUUUCUCUCUCUUGCCAUAAUUGUUACCCUAGAUUAAUCUUUUCUUAUUUUUUACUCUCUAUUUAUUGAGAGAAGGGUUCUUCAUGCAUCAGUAGUGUAUCUGGAGAUUUUAAUGCUAUGUUCUUUUUCUUGUGAUUCCAUUACGUGAACCUGAGGUCAAUAAGUAACCUCUAUUGAAAGGUCCUCUCUAUUCUUGUGAUUGUAAAACUUUAGCUUAUAUUCUUUGUGAAGGAAUAAUCUCAACCAGCUUCUUGUAUAUGUUUAA